AUGAAGGCAAAAUAUCCAACCGAAGAAAAGUUACUUAGAGAAUUUAUCAACCUAACCAAUUUGAGUCAUUUCACUGAGGUAUACAACAGGCUGAUGCUUAUUAAGGAAAGCAAGAAGAAGGCAUAUAAUGAAGCAAUCUGUUCAACUUAUAACAAGCAAUUAUGUAUUUUUGUUUGUUGUAUGAUAAAUGAGUUAUCUUCUGGAUUCCUCACCCCUGUGAUAACAGUGCUGGAUGCCAUAGGUAUAAAACCUACAGUUUAUCCCUCAGAAACCUACUACCAAACAUUUGAUGAACAAAAAAUAUAUGUUUGUCAAACUGAUAACAAAUUAAGAAUACAUCAAUUCGUGGACAACCGUGAACGGGGCAAUGCACGGGGUUUAUGUAAGUUGUUGGAUUGGCCUACAAUACUUGUUUACUUUGGUUGUUGUAUACUUAUCCUUUUCAAUAAGUUUAUCAGUGAGGAAAACUAUAAAACUUUCAUGACAGAGUCUAUUCGUCAUCUUAGAGAGAGAGCUAGAUGUGAUCCCGAUGUUAAGCUUGAUAUCCCAUUUGAUUUUAAAGAAGCUAACGCAAUCAAAACUAUGAUUGGUUCUUGUUCAACUCUUUGCAGUCAUUCAAUUGAGUUUCUUUUGUGGCACAUGAACUGCCAAAAUUCAGGAAUAGGUUUUGUAUGUCAAUAUUUGGGAAAUGAGUUAGCUUGGAUGGAUAUGCAUCAUUUGGUUCUCAUGAACGACUAUUUAGUUACAUCUAAAUCUCCUGUGUUACGCGAUCUUAGAGUUUCAAGAGAGGUGGAAGAUUUAAAUCGAGCCAUUACAAAAGUUUCUUCCUAUCGUUACCCUCAGUUCUACAUGUUUAUGGUUUCUAAUUUGGAAAGGUUUAAAAUAGAACCUUUUGUAUUUCCUACUUUAAUUGCCGUUGCACAGGUGCUGGAGAAAGGUGACUACAAUGUUACAAAUCUUGAAUCAUCUUCAACUAAAGCUGCAAAUUUAUCCAUGGUGCAAUCUUUGGUAACACUUCACCAAACAGCUUUUCCACAAAAUCAUUCAAGCCCUUCGAGUGUGCAAAUGCAAGCGGUGAAAGAAGAGAAUCGUCAAAAGCGUUCAAGGACUCCAAUGGAACAAAAGAAUCAAAUCUUAAGGGCUUCAAAUGUGCAAAUGCCACCUAUAAUACAAGAGAAGACUCAUUUGAUUAUCUUGGAUUAG